GCGGCGGCGGGUCCAGGUCAGCUCAGAUACUUGUCCGAUGAGAGGUGCUGCGGGCAGGCUGACGACCAGGAGGAUGAGGAGGAAGAAAAAGAAGGAUAAGUGGGCGCCGAGAGGGGGGCGGGGUGAGGAUGCCUCAUAUAUGUAUAUGGGUCCGACAGAAGAAGAGUACACGCGUCAAGGAUCACUGCAACACGGGAGAAGCAACGGAGUGCAGUAUGAGGGACAGGACCGCACGGCGACGACUCAUCCAAGUGGACCUCUCUCUCCCUCCCCUCCUUCCUGCUAUCUCCCCGCUGUAUGGGGAUGGAUACGCCACCACCACUCGGCUACUGAGCUGGUGCACGCUGCUGGUCCGGGUAUUCAGCCGCUGCUGUUUUUUGUUAUUGUUUGACGGUCAUCACUGGGGGGGAUACCUCUGCAGAGCCGCCCCGCAACGUUGCUACUCGUUAGAGGGGUGCCUUUUUUCUUUCUCCACAGUCCCAAGCACGACAACGCAGAGAGAGCGGCGGUGCCAUGGCUGGUGCCGCCGCCGUGCCAUCUGUGCGAAUAAGUUGGGAUGCGGCCCUGCAAAGCCGAAAGUGUAUGCAGCGGCAUGAGACCGUAGGCAGCAGGCGGCAGUCUACUACUCCUCUCUCACCCUGCCGCACUGUCCCAGCCGCCGCAGCCGCCGACACCCGCAAGCCGCCGCCUAAAGCGACGCCAUGCCGUGAGGCGGCGGGCUGCGAAGGCCUACAUUGCAGCAUUGCGCCAGUGUGUUUUAUAUACGUAUGCACAAAGAUAUACGUACAUACAUACAUACAUAC